UUCAAAGAGAAUAAUUUUUCCCCCACUGUCAGUGUCCCUUUUCUUUCUGCAAAACCUAUAAAUCCCUUCCUUUACACUUUCCUGGGAUCUGGGUCUCCUUUAUUUUCCCGGAAAAAGCAAAGGGUUUCUCUCUCAAGCAAAAACUGCUCCAAUAAUUUUGAGCUUAGUCAAAAUUAUCGGUUUUGUUAUCAUUUCAUCACGCACAUUUUCACUAUCUGAGUCAGAUAUUUCUCUACUAAUUUCCCUACCAUCACACGCAUUCCGAGAAAAAGCAUUAAAGUGCAUAUGAGAUAGAAGUUAUCUGAUCUUGGGUCGUUUUACGUUGCUCAAAUAAAAGAAUCAAAGUAAGGGUUUUUGUUUUUUUGUCGCUUUCGAGGACAAAAAAAAAGAAGAAAAACAAGAGAUGGCUCAUUCAGCAGACAAGAGAGUAUGUAGUAGUCGUGGCGUUUUGAGGACAGUGUGGAUUGUGUUUUGUGUGUGUUUGGUUGUGUACAACAUAGGACCAAUAUGGUACUUUCGGUUGAAGGACAACUCCAAAACUCAAGGUUCAUGUCCACAAUGCCUUUGUGAUUGCUCUUCUGACGAUUUCUUUCCAAUGCCUUCAGGUUUCCCCAACAUCUCACUAGCAGACUGUGGUAAAGAUGUUCCAGAAUUGAGUGAGGAAUUGAGAAAGGAUUUACUAACUUUGACACUUGAAGAGUUAGAUUUGCACAAAACUGUAGCCAAUAGGAGCUUGGAACACACCAGGGCAUUGGUUUUGGAAGCCAGAAUAGCCUCUUCACACUACCAGAAAGAAGGCGAAAAGUGCAACGUGGGAGUAGAAACUUGUGAAGAAGCAAGGGAGGGAGCAGAAGCAGAGCUUGUAGAAGAGCGUAGGCUUUCGGCAUUGUGGGAGGAACGAGCUCUUGAGCUUGGUUGGAAACCCAACAGAAGAUUGUUUUCAUGAAUAAAUUUCUAUCCUCAAUUGUUUUCCAUCAAUAUAGUUUACAAAUAGUUGUUGUUUCAGUAACUAGAUUGUAUAAUGAAUGAUCAGGGGUCUCCGACGCUCAGUUUGAGUUGACAUUAC